UUUGCCCAGAAGUCAUCGCCAUGCCAACCGCGCGAUGGCAGACCACGCCCACCAAGAGUCGCUUAAGUUUGAGAAGCGUGCCGUCGGUAGUCAUGCAGCCGGGGACAGGUGGCGUCUGCACGUUGGAGAAGAGGACUGUCCAGCAGCUCUCCUGCCGAGGUGCCAGGACCGGCUUGUCUCUGAUACUAAAGAAUAACACUUGAGCACAUUUCAGGAAGGAAGAUAAAACCCCAGCUGCUGCGGUUCAGCAUCCCAAGAGACACCCUUGAAUUCUACAAAACGAAACGCUGCCAAGCUGACCGCAUGUCUGGACAGAUAACCUACACUGCCAGGUGCCCAAGGGUGACGCCCACAUCCAGCAAUGCUCUCGGUAAAGCUGCCCAGGCUCCUCCGUGCCCACCAGGUGCCCAAACUCUUCAUUAACCGGUAGGAGAAAAUUCCAACAAAUGAUAUACCGUUCGACUCAUCCUGAUGUCUAGUUAUGCAAGACGUCAAGAUUUUUCUUUUUUACUCUAUUUUUUUCCCCUCUAUACCUGAAAAACCAGCAUUUUUCUGUCAUUUUUGGACUUUUUUGUGUGCAGGAAAUUACAUGUUCGUGAUAAAAGAGUAAAUCAAUAGGUGUCUUCAGCAAAAUAUGACCAGAAGCCCUUGAAGUUGUACAUGCCACAUCAACCGACCGCAGAGGUUCACUCCCUAAUGAGAUACGAGGGGCCAAAGUUAGUCAUCUUCACAAAACUUCAAAAAACCAAUGGGGAUUGGUAAUAUGUGGCAUGCACUGUGUCCCCCUGGCAUGGGGUAGAUAAUGAAGCACAUCAGCUGUGGUCAGUCAGAAUCCAUGUUCACUGCACAACAAGGGAGACUUAGGAGUUAAAAUUGAGUGUUUCAUGAAGACAGCAUUUUAGACGGCUACCGCCAUCCCCAAAGCUCCGCCUUCAGCUGCAUCCUCAGUGUUUUCCAGUUGACCAAUGAGACCCUCAACAUCUGGACGCACUUCCUACCAACUUGGUACUUCCUGUGGAAGCUCAUUGCCCUUGUCUACAUACUGGAUGUGUUCACCGAGCCCUACCUCUGGCCACUUAUCGUCUACCUUCUCUCUUGCUGCAUCUACCCCUUCACAUCCAGCUGUGCACACACCUUCAGCAGCAUGUCUCCUCGAGCCAGGCACAUAUGCUUCUUCUUCGACUACGGUGCUCUCAGUCUCUACAGCCUUGGUUCUGCCAUUGCCUACUCCACCUACAGUGUGCCAGACAAGCUGGCUGGGUCUGCCCUUUCUGCAAUAUAACCCCGAGAUCAACAAAAGAAUACCUGAAAUAGAGCACCCUAGGUUCAGCAAGGUCCUCCGUGUCCUUGCCUUUGCCUUCCCAUACCUGUUUGACAACAUUCCCAUCUUCUAUCGGAUCUUCCUGUGUUCCGGAGAAGGCUGCACUGACAAUGAGACAAAUGCCCUGCAUUAUCGGCACAUUAUGCUGGCCUUUCUCACCGCCUUCCUAUUUGUCAUGCACUUGCCAGAAAGACUGGCCCCUGGCUGCUUUGAUUAUGUGGGCCACAGCCACCAGCUCUUUCACAUGUGUGCAGUCAUCGGAACACAUUUCCAGAUGGAGGCUGUCAUCAUGGACAUGAACCUCAGACACACUUGGCUGAUGAGCAAUGCUCCUCCGGUGACCUUUGCCUGGACUAUUGGUGCAGCACUGGUGUGCAUUACGUUGAGCCUUCUCCUGAUUCUGAUUUUUUCUUUGCCCCAUUUUUGGAGUCCAUUCUCCUCCACAAAUGACAAGACAACAUAGCUGCUUGAAGGAAAUUUAUGAAGGAGUGGACAGUUAAGCUCCUUGCUGCUAUAAGAACAGAUUUUGUAGCCCUGGGUAAUUCCGGUCAUUUGAAGGUCCCAAGGGCUACAAAGCCAGUGUUUAGUUCAGGAGCACUCCAGACUUAAUGAAGACAAAAGGUUGAAGCUGCUGUAUACAUGCAAAAAUUACAUGGGCUUCCUACACUCUAGUGAAAAGUGGGUAAGAGUGGUGGCUACAUCUCAUGCACUAUUUCCAAAACAUUUAAGAACUCCAUAUAGUUCUCUGGAUCCAGUUUUAAUAACGAUAACAGAAAGCAAAACUUCAUUAUGCUUGAGUACAGAACAGGAAGAAAAACUAGAAGCUUGUAUAAGCAAGGAGAAUUUGUAGAUAUCAUAUACAGUACAAGAUUCAUAAAACACUAAAAUGGAGGAUAUCAUUGGUCUUGGUAAUUGGUUAAUAUCAAACUUAUGUCAACUGUAUUUUCUAACUAAUCUUAUCCCAAUGAGACAGAACACAUGACCGUGUUAAGUAAAUGAUAAGCAAUUAGGUCAAAAUUUCCAAUGUUUGAGAUACAUCAGUAAGAGAAUUUGCUUGCUGUCUGCUUGUUACGAGGAAACUUCUGGGACCACUUUUGGUUCUGGUCUUAUACCACAAUAGGUCACCAAUGGCACAUGCUGCCUAUUAUCAUGUGAGACACAGAACAAUAUCUAGCACUUCUUACCGACACAUGAGGAACUGGGGGACCACUCACAAUUGGGGCACAAAUGUUGCUGCCUUAUUUUUUGUGCCUUACUGUAAAGAGUAAAAACUAUUUUUUUUCUUUUAUCACAGUGUUUUUUUGUACUGCAUUUUAAUGAACAAGUCCAGUAUUUUGUAAUGAAGCACAAAGUUAUAUAAAGCUUUUCAGUAAAAGGAAUUCCUGAAAAUGCACUGCACUUUUUUUUAGGGUCAAUAUUUAUCUAUUCAUUCAUUUUCUAACAUACUCAUCCAGUGAAAAGUCACAGCCAGGUGCACUGGGUACAAAAAGAGAA